GACUUUCAGUUGAGUCUCCGGGUUUUCUAACUCGGCUGCUGCUGAACGGGAACGUCUCGUCGUCGUUGUUGCCGUCGUCGUCUCCGUCGUAGAUGGCCAGCGUGUUCGAAGUCGUCGUCCGUCUUGGUUGUGUCGCUGUUCAGUCACCGUGCAAAUCUCGUGACGUUCACAUCGGUGGCCACCGGACGCGAACGGAACUAUAGUUGGUCUGGUGCGUGUGUGUGACGAUUAGCUGCAGUUUGGAUUGGCUCAGUACAAGUGGCAGGCAGCUGUAAUGUGAAAACGUGCAGUGCAUUAAAAGUGUGUUUUGCGGUGAUCAUACAGGGCAGUUAUGAGUGGAGUGAUUUUGCGAGACACGCAGCUGAAGCACUUGUGGAUGCUAUUUUAUGUGCCAUAAACGGUCGGAGAGCGGCAAUGCUGAUUUAAUGUGUUUGACUAUUGAUGAAUUGGUAUCCAGAUGCACACAACAAGCCAUAAAGCUUGAAUAGUAGCAAACUGUUGCAGUCCAUGGUUGCCGCACGUUAUUGAAACACCGGUGAAUACAAUAGCGAUGGAGGCGCAUGGUUGUUUGAUUGCCAUAUGGUAGUGUAAUGAAAAGUUGACAUUGUGAUAAGUGAAAGCUGCCGGUACAGACAAAAAAACUAAAGUCUGCAGAUAAGCAACCGUAAACGGUGCCGGUGGCCGUGGGAUCCAGAAUGACGAUGUGAUUUAAUCAUCCGGCACCAGGAAGAAACUUUGCCAUCGGUAGGCAGGCAGUGACACGCAUAUGAUUCAUCCGAUAUUUAGACACACGACACCGACUGAUGCGAUUGGCAGUCGAUCAAAAUGAGUAUGAUGCCAAAUCGUGAACAGUCAUGGACAGGAAGCGAAUCAAGUCAAUUAGGGAGCGAUCAGAUAAAUGAUGAAGAAAAAUGUGCUGUGAAUAGAAUACGCGGAAAUUAAUUAGAGUGAGAGAAACAUCUAACGAACAUAAUAUGUGAAAAAGGUGCAAAAAACUAACAUGUACGAUACAGUUAACAGUGAAAACAAAUUUGCGAUUGAUGUGGCCCAGACUUUGAAAGUACAGUUUCUACUGAAGCAUGGUUUGAACAAAUCAGUUUGAUUCGCCGGGAGCAAAAAAGAAUCCAUAGAAGUACGUGGCACGUGGCUUCCACCGGAUGCCUAGCAGCACCGCCGAAACGCCAGCAAUUUGAACCACCACCUCCAGCAGCCAGCGGUCAGCCAGAGGGCGCGCGCAACCGGAUAAAGUUCGUCUAAUGGGUCACCGGAACCGGACGCUCGCGCCACAAUCCGAACCAAUGAAAUUUAACGGCUUAUCGCGUCCGAUGUUCAGUGUCCCUGCGGUGGCGCGAGAGAGACGGAAAAAAUCAGAGGAAAAUAAAUAAAUAAAAAGUGUUAUUAGCGACAUGUGAAUUGCCGCGGUAUCGGUCGGCGAAAACAGCCAAGUGAAAAAUUCUACCGAGCAAGACAGGCGUGCGAAAAAUAUUAUCGAUGCAGGAUAAUUAAUUUUACUGACAUAGCGGCGAAUUCGGUUUUAUCUGGUUGAAUUGUGAACCAGGUUUUGUGAGUCUGUGUGUGCGUGCGUUAUUCGAAACCGGGUCCAGAGUGACACACGUGGGUGCUAUUUAGUUAAAGUAGUUCAAUGACCGACAUCGACCCCACGGGAUUCGUCGAGCAUUUUGCGUACAAUGGCACCGAUGUGGCUGAUUGGAACCUCACGACCACCCGUUACGUGUCGGCCACCGGCGAGAGCAGGUUGGACGUGACAUACGCCGUGUUCGAGGGUCUGGUGGCACUGAUGGCCGUGGUCGGCAAUGCAAUGGUGAUUGUGGUGUUCAAACGCGAACGACGCCUUCGCAGACGGACUAACUUCUACAUAGUGUCGCUGGCCACGGCCGAUUUCCUGGUCGGACUGCUCGGAGUGCCCUUCGCAGUGCUGUCGUCUGUUGGGCUGCCGAGAAAUCUCCACGCAUGCCUGUUCACCAUCUCGCUGCUGAUCGUACUGUGUACGAUAUCGAUCUUCUGCCUGGUGGCGGUAUCCGUCGACCGGUACUGGGCCAUUCUACACCCGAUGGCGUACUCGCGGAACGUCCGCACGAAAACCGCAAUAGUUAUCAUCAGUUUGUGCUGGUUGGCCGGUUCAAUCAUCGGCUUUCUCCCGCUAUUCGGAUGGCACGAAACGCCCCAAAUCGACACCUGUCUAUUCCUCCAAGUCAUGGACUACGACUAUUUAGUUUUCCUGUACUUUUCGACAAUCAUCACCCCGGCACUCAUCAUGCUGGCAUUCUACGCACACAUAUAUCGAGUUAUAGUUAAGCAACUGCGUCAAAUCGUAACAAUGAAUCCCUCCGGUGGACUUUCUUCGGAAAGCCGUAGAUCUUCAGAGAGCAGCCGCAUUCGGAUAUCGGCCAUGAAAACUGGUCGUUGUAAACCGAACGGGCACGGUGGCACGAUGCUGCGCGUUUUGGGUGCCGCCCAGAAGCGAGAGGUAAAGGCCACCCAGAACCUAUCGAUCAUAGUGCUGUUCUUCAUGAUCUGCUGGAUUCCACUGUACACCAUCAACUGCAUCGUGGCGUUCUGUCGCGACUGCACGAUCCCUCCCACGUUGAUGUUCUUCUGCAUCAUUCUGUCUCACCUCAACUCAGCUGUGAAUCCUUUGCUGUACGCUUACCAUCUGAAAGACUUCCGGGCGGCCCUCAAGAAUCUCAUUCUCAGCAUGCUGGGGUACGAUGUCACCACCCAGGAACUGAACUACCGGGCAUCGCUGGCCAGUCAGCAGCAACAGAUCGUCCAGCGACACUCCUUAAUGGACAAGAGGUUUUCGCUGCAGCCUAAAGUUUAUAUUGAUUCCCCUGUCUAUUUCCGAGCCCAACAGCAGCUUCGAAGGCAGCAGUCCGAACUACUACAGCGACAUUCACUUGAGCGAUCGGAAAGUGGUACCUCGUUCAACAGUCUGAACAAAAAGCGCCUAAUCAGCACCACCCGUUCCGACCCGGGAUCGCCGAACGUUGUAAUCAGUACAUCGGCCAUUAGUGCAAGUCCCGUCGAAUCCAACUGCUCUUCCCCUCAACGGUUCGAUCUACGGAUUGUGGAUGGCAGCCAACGGAACCAUUUUAGGAUGUGGGGCAUAGCCGAAGUGCCCAGCAUAAAUGAAGAUAGCGUCCAUAGGAAAUCUCUUGAGGACGGAGACAAUGGCGGACUGGUGCUGAUUUGCGGUGGUACCGAAGAACCGAUUGUCGAGAACAGCGAGAGUAUAGAGCAAACGUCCGUGGAAGUCAAUUUGGAGGACAUCGGUCAGGACUUCCCGGGGCACGAAGUCCUGCAGGCUGGGGACUUGACGCCUCAUCAAAUUGAAGAAGAUAGAAACAUAAGUUCUCUCUAUAAUAUAGUAACCUCUAAACGAAGAAGUCGGAGUUCGUGCUGCAUCUUACAGGACGCCACCUUAACCGCCCAAUCGGUGACAGACUCCGUCUACCUAAUAGAGGAUCAUUCCCCCAGUAGAAUACUCGCAAAGCACGUGUCACGCAACAGCGCCAACAACAACAGUGUCAACUGUAGUGACGAUUGCACCAACCACCGUAGUCUUGAUCUAGUCGAUAACGUAAACAACAACAGUCAACUCUGUCAGCAUGUCUCUAGUCCAAAUACUGCGCUGCCUGGUGAAACACCAACCACGGUACCAUCUCGACAUAGGUCCAUGAGCAAAUCGUUUUCGCUGUUCAACAGCGCCCAUCAUGCCAAUCCCUCAUCGAAGCCACAGUCGCCGAUCAUCUCUUUGGCGACCGAUAGUGGCGAAUCGUCACAUUCCAGCCUUUUCAAGCUGUUCAGCUCUAGUAACGGGGCUAAGCAGCGGGUGCGUAGUUUUAAGUUCAACAAGCGUUCUUUGUCCAACGACAAGUGAAUCGAUCGCGAGAGAAAUUUAGUUUAUAAGUGUAACUGUGAAAUAUUAUAAAUAUUUGAAUCUUUCUCCGAUGUACUAGAGAAAUUAAAGCCAAAACCAUAUCUCUCCUUAA